GAAGUCAAACAUAAAUGCGCACCCACUUCUCCCUUCUCCGACUUGUCAUUUCGCCUCGCUUCCAUCUCUCUCCGGCUCUCUCACGCUCCAAAGGUUGCCUAUGUAGUUUGUACCACACGGACCGCACGAGGACGAACGAAUUCCUCCAGUCUUGCCCCGAACCCAGUUCUUCGCAUCUUAUGCCUUCUUCCUUCUGCAAGAGCCUCCUAAAGCCACAGCCUUCAGCUUGCCCUUGCUAGUGCGGAGCUCGAUACGGGAUCCAGUUCUUGGAAGCGGCUUCGGCUCCAUAUUGGCGCGCGCGAACCCAAUAAAGGCGCGCUCUUUUGCACGGAGAUAGUUGCGACUGGAGGCCACGAGAGGGAGUAUGGGCGCCGGCGCGUCGGACUUGGCAGGUAUGGAGCUCGGCAAGGUCGCGCGCGCCGGGCUGGGCGAGCUGCCGGAUCUGUGCGCGGCGGAGGUGCUGCUCCACCUCGACGCGCCGGACAUAUGCCGGCUCGCGCGGCUGAACCUUGCGUUCCGCGGCGCUGCGGCGGCGGACUUCGUGUGGGAGGCGAAGCUGCCGAAGAACUAUAGUUAUCUCCUGGGGUUCGUCGCUGGUGCGGAGGAGGGAGAGAGGAGCGAUAUGGGGAAGAAGGACAUCUAUGCGAGGCUCGCAAAGCCUGUGCCGUUUGAUGAUGGCAAAAGGGAAUUCUGGUUGGAGAAGAGCACAGGUAGUAUUUCCAUGGCGCUGUCGUCGAAAGCGCUGGUGAUAACGGGGAUUGACGACAGGAGGUACUGGGUUCAGAUGCCAACCACUGAAUCCAGGUUCCACUCUGUUGCAUUUCUUCAGCAAAUCUGGUGGUUCGAGGUGGUUGGAGAAGUCGAUUUCUGCUUCCCUGCGGGGACCUACAGCCUGUACUUCAGGCUUCAUCUUGGAAAAUCUUCCACACGUUUCGGCCGCCGUAUUUGCAGCUCGGAGCGAAUCCAUGGCUGGGACAGGAAGCCUGUACGGUUCCAGUUUUCUACAUCAGAUGGCCAACACGCCUUGUCCCAAUGCUACCUAGAUGAGCCUGGAAGUUGGAUUCUGUACCAUGUUGGUGAUUUUGUUGCAUCAAACUCUGAACAACCAAUCAAGCUGAAAUUCUCGCUAGCGCAAAUCGACUGCACUCAUACGAAAGGUGGCCUGUGCGUGGAUUCAGUGCUAAUAUAUCCGAAAGGCUUUGAGCCAGAAAGGGUGAUCAGGGCUCAGAAGUGAGUUUGUACACUUGUUAGAGUGGCUUUACAGUAGAGUUGUAGACAAAUAUGAGUAGCCUGCCGUUUUUAACUGGGGCUGAUCGUAUGGUAUGAAGGCAUGUGUACAUAAUUUUUGGCUGAAAAUUUUGUACGAUGGCACCAGGGUGCUUCAUUUUGCUCUGCCUCAUGGUGGUCAACUGGUCAUGGUGCUGAC